UGACGACGCCGCGCUGUUUUCAAUUUUAUCUUUUGCCCUUCCGUCCUUGGCUCUUUCUUCCGCCUCUGCCCAUUUGCUCUCGAACAUAAACCCUAGGAGGCCUCACACAGCACGCUGCCAAGCGACGCACAAUGAAUUGCUCAAUUUCCGGCGAGGUGCCGGAGGAGCCCGUCGUGUCCAAGAAUUCGGGCCUACUGUUCGAGAGGCGAUUGAUUGAGCGCCACAUCUCAGACUUUGGAAAAUGCCCAAUUACUGGAGAGCCUAUGACAAUAGAUGAUGUUGUUCCGGUCAAGACAGGAAAGGUAGUGAAGCCUCGACCAGUUCAGGCUGCAAGUAUUCCUGGGAUGCUUGGAAUGUUUCAAAUCGAAUGGGAUGGCUUAAUGCUUUCAAAUUUUGCGUUAGAGCAACAGUUGCAUACUGCCAGACAAGAGCUGAGUCAUGCCCUAUAUCAGCAUGAUGCUGCUUGCCGUGUCAUUGCAAGGCUGAAGAAGGAAAGGGAUGAGGCUAGGGCUUUGUUGGCGCAGGCUGAAAGACAGAUUCCUAUGUCAAAUGCAAUGCCAAAUGCUGCCAAUGCAACUGCUAUAAGCAAUGGGAAAAGAUCUGCUGAAGAUAAUGAAAUUGAUCCAACUGGAAAAAGAAUUCGUCCAGGGAUCUCAAGCAGUAUCAUCUCGGAGCUUACAGAUUGUAAUACUGCCCUUUCACAACAAAGGAAAAAACGACAAGGAAAGUCAGCGAUACCUCCGACCUUGGCUCCUGUUGAUGCUAUUGAGAGGUAUACUCAACUGACUGUCAAUCCUCUUCACCGAACUAACAAACCUGGCAUACUGGCCAUGGACAUCCUGUAUUCGAAGGACAUCAUUGCCACAGCGGGAGUUGAUUCAAAUGCUGUAGUUUUCGAUAGACCCUCCGGGCAAGUGGUGUCUACUCUCAGUGGCCAUUCAAAGAAGGUGACAAGUGUCAAGUUUGUUGGGGAUGGUGAGUUAGUAGUUACUGGCUCUGCUGAUAAGACUGUUCGGGUGUGGAAAGGGUCUGAAGAGGGAAACUAUGAUUGUAAGCACAUUUUGAAGGAUCAUAGUGCUGAGGUGCAAGCUGUUACUAUCCAUGCAACAAACAAUUAUUUCGUCACUGCUUCUCUUGACAACACUUGGUGCUUCUUCGACCUUGCUUCUGGCUUGUGCCUAACCCAGGUUGAAGACACUUCAGGAUCUUCCGAAGGCUAUACAUCUGCGGCUUUUCAUCCUGAUGGUCUGAUCCUUGGAACUGGUACCACCGAUGCUCUAGUUAGGAUCUGGGAUGUAAAAAGUCAGACAAAUGUUGCGAAAUUUGAUGGGCAUGUUGGAGCAGUUACUGCCAUUUCAUUUGCAGAGAAUGGUUACUUCCUGGCGACUGCUGCGCAAGAUGGUGUUAAGCUUUGGGAUCUGCGGAGGUUGAAGAACUUCAGAACGUUCAGUCCAUAUGAUGAAAAUACACCUACACAAUCAGUUGAAUUCGACCAUAGCGCAUGCUAUCUUGCUCUGGGAGGCUCGGAUAUACGAGUUUAUCAAGUUGGCAGUGUCAAAUCUGAAUGGAAUUGCAUCAAAACAUUCCCCGACUUAUCAGGAACAGGUAAAGCUACUUGUGUCAAAUUCGGCCCUGAUGCAAAGUACGUGGCAGUUGGAUCCAUGGACAGAAACCUUAGAAUAUUUGGGUUGCCCGAGGAAGAAAGUGGUCCAUCAGAGCCUUGAAGCAUUAUUCGAAUCAGUAAUUUUGCAGCAAGUUAAAUGGUUGUCCGAAUCUGCUGUUGGCUGUGUAGUGUGCUGCAGAACUGAGCAGACAGUCCCGGUUGAAAUGUGUGUACGAGUGCGACUCAAAAAGGUAUUGGCUUAAUGUCGUGGAUUUUUUGGCUGCGCGAAUGAUCAUAACAACCGUUGUCUUAGUAGAGCAUGGUGUUAAAGGGAACAUUUCUUUCGUGUAAGAUUAUGACAUUCUAAAAUUGUGUUUUUCUUUGUUUUAACAUGUAAAACAGAGGAUUGAUAGACUAAAACCGUGUCCUCGCAAAUGUUUGAAUCUAACUAUGGGUUAAGAUAAGGGCAAUAUUUGAGCGAGAAUA